GAUCGUCCAGGUAAAGCGGUCUGUACCGUCACCCGGACAAAGACUGGAGUCUGGAUUUUUCACGUUUUUGUUUUACAGCUUUAAUAAUGGUUUUGUCGCAAGAAUCCAUCCUGUCUUUGCUCAUAGAGGAGGGGGGCAGAGUGAAGAAAUCCGACUUGGUUGAUAAGUUCAGAGGUUCGCUGGAUUCCGUCGAUCCCGAAGAAAAAGAACGGAACAGGGAGGUUUUCAAGACCUUUGUCAACAAUGUUGCCACUGUGAAAGAAAUCGACGGUGAACGGUAUGUUGUCCUGAAGAAAACCUAUCAGUACUUGCUGGAAGGUCCGCAGAGCUCUCUGGUCAAGUCUGAAAAUGAAGAGAUCCCGCUGACAGGUGAGCAGCAGCGCCCACCUCCGCAGACUGGAAACUCCGAGGAUCUGGAAGAGGCGAAUGAAAGCAGUGACCAUCCGACAGAAAUGCUUUCUCCCAUAGAGCAGGCACUGCAGAGGAGUAAAUAUGCAAGUGUGAGACUUAAAAGGGCGCUGAAUGUUGAGGUCCACCAGCAGAAUAGAAAUGAAAGUAACUGCUCAAAUCAGCCCAUCAAGAGCAAACCAUAUGCCUUGCCUCUGAGAAUGCCCCCCAGCACCACUAAAGUGGAGACCCACAAACUUAAGGAGGACACAGAUGAACCUAAAGAACACCCAAAACCAGAUGCUUUCAGGGACAAGAGAAGGAUGCCUUCAGUGGAGAGGGGAAGUUGCACCGGCUCACCGCAGCCGAGGAGGGCAGCGAAGAGCACCAAGGCAUCAGAGGAGCACAAAGACACUAGGAUUCCCUCUGUGGUUCCCCUGGAGCAGUCAGAGCAUGAUUGGCUGGUCAAGUGUGCUGCCGGCCACUGGAGCCAGGUUUACGGCCUGCUGCUCAGAGACAACCAGCUGGCCGAGAAGAAGGACUUCAUGUCAGGGUUCACUGCUCUGCACUGGGCAGCCAAGUGCGGGAACAGUGACAUGCUUGUGAAGAUCAUCAACACAGCCAGGCAAGGAGGAGUUCACAUUGACGUGAAUGUAAAAACACAUGGUGGCUACACGCCUUUACACAUUGCUGCUUUGCAUGACAAGCACUACAUCAUUGGCAUACUGGUGAAGGAGUACGACGCCAAUAUAAGCAUCAGGGACAACUAUGGGAAGAAGGCCUACCACUACCUUCACAAAGACGUUGCUGAGAGCGUGAGAGAGAUGCUUUGUAAGCCCAAAGGCCAGUCGGCACAGGACAGUGCCGUGCAUGAGAAGGAUGAGCUGGAUUCAUUCCCGGAUCUCCCCAAGGGCCUGCAUUCAAUAAGCCGCCUCUUUCAGCCAAACGUGACAGGCCACAAGAAGAAGCACAAGCAGCGGCCGGGAUUGUUCUCCCUGAACGACGACCCCAGCGAGGAAGGAGAAGACAGCGGCGGCGGCUUCAGGAACAGGCCCAUGUCAGAUGUUUUCAUGUGAAGGCAAAGCCCUUUGCUGACUGAAAACACACCAGUGACCUUCAAAGCAUUUUCUUUAACAACGGCUUUCUUUAUUUUUAACCUGCUUUCUGGUUUGUUCACCGACUCUGAGUCAGCAAAUGUAGCGUGUGAUGAUACCUGCAUGAGGUGAAUGCCAGACAAUGGUGGAUCCUUUGAGUUUUCCUAUUACUCACUUGAAGGCGUCAUCACUUCACUUUGUUUCUUUUGAAAUGAACUGAGCUUUACAGAUGUGUAAUAUGUUUAUCUCAUAGAGAAUUAUAUGGACUUUUUCAUACCAGCAUCCCAGUUCAGGCCAAUAAAAACCACAGUGCAAAGUAUUUAAUCCAGUAAAAAAAAAAAAAAAAAUCGGUUGAUUCAUUUAUGUACUUGAGCUUCCAGCGCUAGUAAAAUUGUGCCAUGAAUUCCCAUCUACUGUCUUUUAACCACGGACUUUAAUACAGUUGAUCUUUUUUCCAAAGGUCCCGUUUUUUAUUCUGUUUUUGAUUUAAAACUAAA